AGACCACUGCCCUGCCAAGGGACCCCGCCGUCUUGGCUCGCUCAUGGGUGUCCUCCCAGAAUCUGCUCUGCAAGCACUAGCGAUCUUGGGCGUGCCACCACGGCUUUCAAAAAACCCGCACGAACCGAGAGAAUAAUAUGUGGUUUGAUUCUUUCACUUAAGUGGAGUCGCGUCCCACUUCUCGGAGCCCCGACGCAAGGGCCUCUGUCGUGUGCUCUCCGGGUCUCAGGGAAACAAUGCCAGUCCUCUCCGCGCGCAGGCGGACACGGCGGGGCAGCGACAGCGGAGAGGGCAGAGCCUGGUAGUCGACCAGGCUCCACCUUUUGGCUCCAAGCGCCCUGUCAGCCGGGGACGCGCACCUAUCCGGCUUUUAGGGAUACGUGCGUGGAGACACGGCGUGGGGAGCCGGGCCGCUGCCCGGAACGUCCCUUCGGCCCUCCCGGAACUAGUCUUCACUGCUGCGGCACCGGCCGGAGCAGAGGAAGCUGGUCCCCCAGAGCCUCCGAGUUGAGUGCUAGAGCGGCCAGGCCUCUGGGCCAGGUCGAGCCCGGGACGACUACGGCUGCGUCACGCGGGAUUGGGGGGGCGGGGCCGCCACGGGCGGAGGCCGGAGCCGGAAGCGGAAGAGGCGCUUGGAGCGGGCAGUGGGGCCUAGCCGCAGCCCGAGCCUGGGAGACGAUGCAUCACUGUAAGCGAUACCGCUCCCCUGAGCCAGACCCGUACCUCAGCUACCGCUGGAAGAGGAGACGGUCUUACAGUCGGGAACAUGAAGGGAGACUACGUUACCCAGCCCGAAGGGAACCUCCACCCCGAAGAUCUCGAUCCAGAAGCCACGACCGCCUGCCCUACCAGAGGAGAUACCGGGAGCGCCGAGACAGCGAUACAUACCGGUGUGAAGAGCGGAGCCCAUCCUUUGGGGAGGACUGCUAUGGAUCUUCACGUUCUCGCCAUCGUCGGCGGUCACGGGACAGGGGGCCAUACCGGACCCGAAAGCAUGCCCAUCACUGCCACAAACGCCGCACCAGGUCUUGUAGCAGCGCCUCCUCGAGAAGCCAACAGAGCAGUAAGCGCAGCAGCCGGAGUGUGGAAGAUGACAAGGAGGGCCACCUGGUGUGCCGGAUCGGCGAUUGGCUCCAAGAGCGAUAUGAGAUCGUGGGGAACCUAGGUGAAGGCACCUUUGGCAAGGUGGUGGAGUGCUUGGACCAUGCCAGAGGGAAGUCUCAGGUUGCCUUGAAGAUCAUCCGCAACGUGGGCAAGUACCGGGAGGCUGCCCGGCUAGAAAUCAAUGUUCUCAAGAAAAUCAAGGAGAAGGACAAAGAGAACAAGUUCCUGUGCGUCUUGAUGUCUGACUGGUUCAACUUCCACGGUCACAUGUGCAUCGCCUUUGAGCUCCUGGGCAAGAACACCUUUGAGUUCCUGAAGGAGAAUAAUUUCCAGCCUUACCCCUUACCACAUGUCCGACACAUGGCCUACCAGCUCUGCCACGCCCUUAGAUUUCUACAUGAGAACCAGCUGACCCACACAGACUUGAAGCCAGAGAACAUCCUGUUUGUGAAUUCUGAGUUUGAAACCCUCUACAAUGAGCACAAGAGCUGUGAGGAAAAGUCAGUGAAGAACACCAGCAUUCGAGUGGCUGACUUUGGCAGUGCCACCUUUGACCAUGAGCAUCAUACAACCAUUGUGGCCACCCGUCACUAUCGCCCGCCUGAGGUGAUUCUUGAGCUGGGCUGGGCACAGCCCUGUGAUGUUUGGAGCAUCGGUUGCAUUCUCUUCGAGUACUACCGGGGCUUCACACUCUUCCAGACCCAUGAAAACCGAGAGCAUUUGGUGAUGAUGGAGAAAAUCCUAGGGCCCAUCCCAUCACACAUGAUCCACCGUACCAGAAAGCAGAAAUAUUUCUACAAAGGGGGCCUGGUUUGGGAUGAGAACAGCUCUGAUGGCCGGUAUGUGAAGGAGAACUGCAAACCUUUGAAGGUCAGUUUCUGGCUUCCCCCAGCUCAACUCAUGCCAAGGAGACCCCAGGCACCAGACAAACAGCAGAGACAGAACGGGCAGCUAAAGGCUGCCUCCUCGUUCCGGCUCUGUGGGAGACAGCACCCAAGACUGCUGGGUGUUGGCAGUGAGGCUUCCUGCAAGCUGCCCCAGAGGGGCCCUUAGCCCUACCCCUUCCCCACAGGGUGGCUAUGAAUAUAAUUGGGGAACAUCAGAAGAGCCAGAUGUCAGAGACCCUGCUGCUUCCUGACCCUCCCUCUCAUCUCAAUUUUGGGAAGAACUAGGCAGGACUGAGGCAAGGGGGAGGGAAGAUGUAAACAUGGCCAGGAAGUCUGUCAACUGCAUCUGGUGCCUGGACAAGUGAAUUUUGCAGAGGUGAUUUCUACCCACCUCUCAGGACUUUGCAUGUGGGGUAGAGGCACCAACCCAGCAAGACACCCAGUAGCCUAAGUUCUGAGCAAAACCUUAGAACUUGGGCAUGAAAGGCAAGGAGCUGCUGUUGUCUGUCCCAGAGGGCGGAAGUAGAGUCCUCCAAGGAGGCAUCCCAGAGGCAAGGGGACUGCUGUGGACCCUGCCGUGACACUGAGGCACCUUGUGUCCUUGAGCAGAGUUAUAUGCUCCAAGAUUCCCUGGAGCAUGUGCAGCUGUUUGACCUGAUGAGGAGGAUGUUAGAAUUUGAUCCUGCCCAGCGCAUCACAC